AUGGAAGUAAAGAGGGAAAGAGUGAAGGAACAAGGGAGGGAACGAGAAAGGGGGAGGGGGAAGAUCACACAUUUCUCAUGCUCUCAGAAGAUCCUGAGACGCGAAAAAACUCAAGGAACGAAAAGAGACAAGGAGAAAGGAAACGAAAAGAAGAAAGAAGAACGGGAAAGAGUUAGAAGAGGGACACAGAGAGAUGGAAAUAUAGAGGGAGGAAAAGAAGGAAGAAAAGAAAUACAAAAAGAGUUAGAAAGAGAGCAACAGAAACGAAAAAUAAAGGGCGAAAGAGUGAGAAGACGAGAGAAGAACAGAAAGAAAAGGAGAAAUACGGAGAAGGGGAAGAAAGGGAAAAAGAAAGUGGAAGACAGUCAAAAAGAAGAGGGACAUCGUGAGGAUAAUAGAGGAACUGGGAAAAAGAGAAAGAGUAAAUGUAAGAAUUGGAGGAAGAGAGAAGGAAAUCGUGGGAGGAGGAGGAAAGAGAAGAGUGAAAAUUACAUAUUUUCCAAGGAUUUAAACCACAUUUGA